AUGUCAAUUAAUUUUGUGAAGCAUUUUACUUUUCUUUUAAUCAUAACGUUAGUUUUGUUAAUAUCUAAAACUGAAAGUGAAAUAAUUACUGUAACUUCAUAUUCUAGUACAACUAUUACAAUAGACCCUACUGAUACACAAUCAGAUAUCCCAUUACAAACAACCACCACUUAUACUAUAACACCAUCUCAACCAAUAACCACUACUUAUUUUACAACAUCAUCUCGACUAAUAACCGCCACCGCCACUUCCGAUACACCAACCCCAACCCCUGAUUCAUCAACCCCAACCCCUGAUUCACCAACCCUAACCCCUGAUUCACCAACCCCAACUGGUAAUGUAAAGCCAUCAGAAAUUUUAUGA